AUGUCCUAUGAACACCAAAAAAAACAAUCAUCACCCCCGCCGGUCUAUACUGAUGAGGCACCAGGUGCCAUGGAAAGUGAAUUGUAUAUUGAUGGUACAUUGUAUGUUGAUGGAGUACCAAUUAGUCAAGGCGAACAACAAAAACAAUCGAUCAGACAAAAUCAACUUCAAGAAAAUCAAUGUAAAAAAGCUUUACUAUUAAUUCGAAAGCUUUGGGCAACACAACAAACAGAAAGAAUUGAUCGUAAAAAACAUAAGAAUAGAUAUGUUCGAACAACAAUUCGUGAACUUAUUGUUUAUAUGGUUUUCCUCACAGUUUUAUCGAUCGUCGUAUAUGGUAUGGUAAGCACUAAUAUGUUGAUAUUGACUCAAGCAUUACAAAGCGUAUUCAUUGAUCCACACUUAACUGAUGAAUCAAAUAAUAAAACAGGUCCAUCAUUCGUACAUCUUGAUAGUAUGGAAGAUUUUUGGCAGUACAUGAAUGACGUUGCUCCUUCUGGUUUUUUUACUGAACAAUGGUAUAACAAAUACAAUGUCAGUGAUUAUGGUUAUAUACUACAUGAAAAUCGUUUAUUAGGUGCUGUUCAAAUGCGUCAAAAAAAAGUUCGAAAUAAUUCUUGUCUUGUUGCUGAUGAUUUUAAGGAAGAAAUUAGAUUUUGUUACAAUUCUUAUGCACCAAUCUAUGAAGAUAAAGUAACAUUUGGACCAUGUGAAAAUUUGGAUCUUGAAAAUUGUACUUAUGAAGCAUUUAAAUAUACACCAUCAUUGUCAUGGUUUGGAUUAACUACAACAGGACAAGUUAGUGUUUAUGAUCAAGGUGGUUAUAUUAAAACAUUUGGUUCAACACAAGAUAAAUUUAUAAAAGAUAUUGAAGAAUUAAAAGCUAAUCUUUGGAUAACACGUGGUACUCGAGCAAUUUUAGUAGAUUUUACAGUUUAUAAUGCUAAUUUAAAUUUAUUUUGUCAAGUACAACUUAUUUUUGAAUUUCCAGCUGUUGGUGGUUUAAUAACAUCAUCAAUAUUUCGUGCUGUUAAAUUAAUACGUUAUGUUCAUACAUUUGAUUAUUUUGUCUUAGGUUGUGAAAUACUUUUUAUUUUAUUUAUUAUUUAUUAUACAAUUGAAGAAAUUUUAGAAAUUCGUAAUUUAAAAUUUAAAUAUUUUAAAUCAAUUAUGAAUUGUUUGGAUAUUGUAAUUAUUAUUUUAUCUUAUGUUUGUAUUGCAUUUAAUAUAUAUCGUCAAGUACAAGUUGAUUCAUUACUUGAUACAUUAUUACAAAAUGAUAUUGAUAAAUAUAAUGAUUUUACAUUUUUAUGUUAUUGGCAAUAUCAAUUUAAUAUUAUUAUAAGUAUAACUAUUUUCUUGGCUUGGAUUAAAGUUUUUAAAUAUAUUAGUUUUAAUAAAACAAUGACACAAUUAAGUGAAACAUUAGCAAAAUGUGCACGUGAUAUAUCUGGUUUUGCUAUUAUGUUUUUUAUUAUAUUUUUUGCAUAUGCUCAACUUGGUUAUUUAACAUUUGGCAUUCAAGUUGAAAGUUUUCGAGCAUUUCAAUAUUCAGUGUAUACAUUAUUUUUAAUUAUUUUGGGUAUUUUUGAUUUUCAAUCACUUCAACAAGCUCAUCGUGUACUUGGACCAUUAUUCUUUUUAACAUAUGUAUUUUUUGUAUUUUUCGUUUUAUUAAAUAUGUUUUUGGCUAUAAUUAAUGAUACAUAUGUUGAAGUUAAAACAGAAUUACGAAAUAAAAAAAAUGAAUUUGAAUUAAGUGAUUUUGUUAAACGAGGUUAUGCUAAAAUGCGUGAACGUUUAACAGUUAAACGUGAUCGUAUAGCUGAUAUUCGUAAAGCAUUAUCAUUAGCUGAUCUUAAUCGUGAUAAACUUUUGGAAUUUGAUGAAUGGCGUGCAGAAAUGAAAUCACGUGGUUAUGCUGAAGAAGAAAUUGAAACAAUAUUUGCUAAAUAUGAUUUUAAUGGUGAUCGAGUUUUAGAUGAAAAUGAACAACGUGCAUUAAGUAAUGAUUUAUUAAGACAAAAUGAUGCUAUUAUUAGAGAAAUCGAUGAAUUAAAUAUGUCAAAAAAUAAUAUACCAAUAGAUAAUCUAAAAAAUAAUGAAGAUGUUAGAAGAAAAGCAAGUACAGUAUCAACAAAACGUUUACAAGCGCAUGAAGUAUCAAUUGAAGAAUAUAAUGAUUUAUCUAAACGACUUGAUUCAAUGGAAGCAUCAGUUGGAUUUGUUUUAAAUAAAAUUGAUAAUGUAGCUUCAAAACUUGAUACAUAUGAAAAAAUAAAAAUUAAUACUGAAAAAAAUACGAAAAAGAAUCGUUCAUCAGAUUCAAAAAAUGUAACAAUUGAUCGAACGGAAAAUUCUUCAGUUGGUGAUCCAAUACAUUCAAUCAAUAAUAUUGAUUCUGAUUCUGUAAGUUUUUAA